CGACGCUUCGUUUCCAUAUUGAUGUUUAAGUUACGCAUAUAGCCGGCCAAGUAUACUCUUUGACAACUACUCUUAGGCGGUCCUGACAUGGUGAGUCAAUCGUGUUCCUUGUAGGGGUUUACUCUGUCUUGAUCAAGGUAUCCGAUGGUAGCUUCUCUCGGAAGAAUAUCUCCCUUACUUCGAAGUACGUGUGGGUACCUCACAGACACGUCGCGGUGAUUCACUUGCCUUCUCUUCAUCGAGUUGUCCUUUGUUGAUGACCCAGGUGUUACGAGUCUGGAGUUGAUUUACGACGCCACUUUCCCUCCGGGAUAGACUCUUUGGCGUGUUGUCUUCGGGAUUCAGUUUGCGAUUGUGAAUUGCAGGAAGGAAUAACUUGAAUUUCCACAACGAGAUUGGCAAGAUCCGCAUGGUGGGUCUGGCAAGACGUUAUAAAGCAGAGGUAAUGAACAGUGCUGCCUCCGUACCCGCCUCUGCAAUGUCUUACGCUAAGAUUCCAUUCAUGCUUCUAGCGAUGCUGGGACUACAAAUCUCAGUAACGCCUCCGCAUCCCCCUCCCAGUAGCAGCGAAAAGGCGCCAUCAACAAGCUUGGAGAUCAUCGUCAAACAACGGCUUGGCCCCUUGCUAGUCAAGGCGAGUUCCGCUGCCUUCAACAACAUUAUUACUAAUGGCAACAUGAAGAUUAUUUGUUGGCUAGGAGCAGUCGCUGAGACCACAGUAAUUGUGGCCCGCUCAAUUCCUGAGAAUGACCUGUCUCGAAGCGUACUUUCAGCUUUGGUUAUCACCGGGAGCGCUGACCAGAUACGCAUAACGCCGCUCUUCUUACUGGGCAUUCUUCUAACCACCCUUGGGGGGUACAUUCGGUACCGCUGCUACCAAGAGCUGGGAAGGCUUUUUACAUUUGAGAUGAGCAUCAGGGAAGGCCACGAAUUAAUUCGUACGGGUCCGUACACCGUAGUCCGACACCCGGGUUAUUCUGGCGUAAUAUGUGCGAUCCUGGGGAUCGUACUAUGGCAUGCUUCACCGGGCUCCUGGGCACGGUCAUGCGGAGGUCUAGAAAUGAUGCCCUGUCGACUCUUGACCCUCACGUUUCUAAUACUAGUCACUACCAUAGUUGUGGGACUCUUGAGGCGUAUGCCGAAGGAGGACGAGGCGUUAAAGAAGGAAUUCCCAGAAGAGUGGGCGAAUUGGGCCGCCAAAGUUCCCCAUAGAUUGCUACCUGGCGUUUACUAAUCUAUCGUCCACCGAAGUAAUACCAGCUUAGAGACUUAAACGCUCUUCGCACCUUUGUAUUCUAUAUAUUUUCUUUAUCAAUCUUGGACGUCUUUUCCGGACCGUUUGCCAAA